AUACUGCCCGAGCCCGGGCGGGGUCUCUGUUCGCUGGCAGAGGAGGUCCCUUGGCAGCGGGAAGCUCCCUCUCUUUCUCUCGCAGCCACUCCGAGUCUGCGCCCUGCUGCCAGGCUCCCAGCUCGGCGCUCCCCUGUGCUCGCCCGGCGCCCACUCAUUCGCAGCCCAGCCUUCGCCGCCGCCGCCUCCCUGCUCCUCCUCCUCGUCGUCUCCCCAGCCCGCCGCGGCCAUGGCGGACAGCGCCAGCGAGAGCGACACGGACGGGGCGGGGGGCAGCAGCGGCAGCUCGGCCGCCAUGCAGUCGUCUUGCUCGUCGACUUCGGGCGCCGGCGGCGGCGGUGGCGGCGGGGGAGGCGGCGGCGGUGGGAAGUCGGGGGGCAUUGUCAUCUCGCCGUUCCGCCUGGAGGAGCUCACCAACCGCCUGGCCUCGCUGCAGCAGGAGAACAAGGUUCUCAAGAUCGAGCUGGAGACCUACAAACUCAAGUGCAAGGCGCUGCAGGAGGAGAACCGCGACCUGCGCAAAGCCAGCGUGACCAUCCAAGCCCGGGCUGAGCAGGAAGAAGAAUUCAUCAGUAACACUUUAUUCAAGAAAAUUCAGGCUUUGCAGAAGGAGAAAGAAACCCUUGCUGUAAAUUAUGAGAAGGAAGAAGAGUUCCUCACUAAUGAGCUCUCGAGAAAAUUGAUGCAGUUGCAGCAUGAGAAAGCUGAGCUAGAACAGCACCUCGAGCAGGAACAGGAAUUCCAGGUCAACAAACUGAUGAAGAAAAUUAAGAAACUGGAGAACGAUACCAUUUCUAAGCAGCUUACGUUAGAACAGCUGAGACGAGAGAAGAUUGACCUUGAAAAUACUUUGGAACAAGAGCAAGAAGCACUAGUGAAUCGUCUCUGGAAAAGGAUGGAUAAACUUGAAGCUGAAAAGCGAAUCCUGCAGGAGAAAUUAGACCAGCCGGUGUCCGCUCCCCCAUCGCCUAGAGACAUCUCCAUGGAGAUCGACUCUCCAGAAAACAUGAUGCGACACAUCAGGUUUUUAAAGAAUGAGGUGGAGAGGCUGAAGAAGCAACUGAGAGCUGCCCAGUUACAGCAUUCCGAGAAAAUGGCGCAGUAUCUGGAGGAGGAACGCCACAUGAGGGAAGAGAAUCUGAGGCUGCAGAGGAAGCUGCAGAGGGAGAUGGAGAGAAGAGAGGCCCUCUGUCGGCAGCUCUCCGAGAGCGAGUCCAGCUUAGAGAUGGAUGAUGAAAGGUACUUUAACGAGAUGUCUGCACAAGGAUUAAGACCUCGCACUGUGUCCAGCCCGAUUCCUUACACACCUUCUCCCAGUUCUAGCCGGCCGAUAUCACCUGGUCUCUCGUAUGCAAGUCACACAGUUGGUUUCACGCCACCAACUUCACUGACUAGAGCCGGAAUGUCUUAUUACAAUUCCCCAGGUCUUCAUGUGCAGCAUAUGGGAGCCUCCCACGGUAUCACAAGGCCUUCACCGCGGAGGAGCAACAGCCCUGACAAAUUCAAACGGCCCACGCCGCCUCCGUCUCCCAACACACAGACCCCCGUCCAGCCUCCGCCACCUCCACCUCCGCCACCCAUGCAGCCCGCGGUCCCCUCGGCAGCCACCUUGCAGCCCGCCCCCUCGCAACAUUCGGUGCACCCCUCCUCCCAGCCUUAAUGCACGUGCGCAGUCCGAACCUCGUGUUGGGACUCGUUCGCGCAGUGGAGCCGUCGACUCAAGACGCCACAGGCUUCCUUCCCUGGCAUAUUCGGAUCUGACUUAUUUGCACUGAGGUUAUCUAGGCUUCACUAUUCAUUGUGUUGUAAAUGUGUGUCGGAAACGCAGCCAGUGUUGUGGGUCUACAACACUAAACAGACGACUUUCUCCAUCGGUGUUCUACUUGAAUCUUCAUGUGCGUCCAUUCCCUGGCUGGGACGUCGGCUAUUCGACUAUUUGGUAGUUCAGCAGCGGUGUGCAGUUUUUUUUGCUUGGCCCCAGAGCUUCAUUUUCCUGGCUUUUAGGUUUGUAAAAUAAAAAGGGAUAUCUUUUUUAUAUUUUUUUCCCAUGAAUUUGCAGAAAAUUACUGAGCUGUUAUUACCCACCUCCCCCCGCCCCAUUAGAAUAGUGUUUACCAAGCAUACCAGUAAUUCAGCACUACAAUUCAGACCUUUGAAAAUCUAGCUCUCACUAUAGAAUGGGAAGUUGGAUGCAUCAGUGCCCAAGACAAUGUUUAAUAGAGCUUUCUACGGAUACACUUUGUAUGGGUUAUUUUCAGUAUAUCUCAACAUCCAUGUCUCUUGUAAAACAGAUGUCCUGAGGUAUUGGAUCACAUGGCUGUACCUUUUCCACAUACAUGGGAUAGAUAAUUAUCGUAUAUCCGGGUGUGAGUCUUUCUUUAUCCUUGAUGUUACCCUACCCAAACUGGCCCUCUCACGUGAGUCGAUAACUGUUAUCCUACCCGCCAGUGGUUGCGAUGGCUGAUUAGAAUGUGCUGUGUGAUUUCUCCUGCAGAAGGCAAUGUGAUGGUGACAGAAACAGCUCAUUUCCCUUUACAUUCUCCACUCGCGUUCCCCUAAAAGAGAGUUCGAACAGGUAUUUUAAAGGUGCAGAGUACUAUGAGAAAAUACUAUGUGAAAUGAACAUUAUAGGAACAUCUUGGCACAAUGGCCAAAAUACUUUAUUGCUGGCAGGAAAGAGGCGUAGAGGAAAGUAGCACAUCAGCAUUGAGGACUGCUUAGUUCGCCCAGUAAAAGCAAGCGCAGUGUACAAAGAAGUAUAUCCUGAAUGCGUCAUUUCCAUUCAUUUAGCACAAAUAAAUCAUCUGGUUUCACUCUAAAGUGGAA